AUGAAGGUGAUAUUAGACGGGGUGCGGAGGGACCGGAGCAGGCGCAGCUUACCCACCAGCUUACCCACCAGCUUACCCAACAGUUUACCCACCAGCGCCUCCCCACCAGCGCCUCCCCAUCAGCUUACCCAUCAGUUUACCCACCAGCGCCUCCCCACCAGCGCCUCCCCACCAGCGCCUCCCCACCAGCUUACCCACCCGCUUACUCACCAGCGCCUCCCCACCAGCUUACUCACCAAUUUACCCACCAGUGCCUCCCCACCAGCUUACCCACCAGCGCCUCCCUACCAGCUUACCCACCAGUUUACCCACCAGCGCAUCCCCACCAGCUUACCCACCAGUUUACCCACCAGUUUACCCACCAGCGCAUCCCCACCAGCUUACCCACCAGCUUACCCACCAGUUUACCCACCAGUUUACCCACCAGCUUACCCACCAGCUACCCACCAGCCCACCAGCGCCUCCCCACCAGCUUACCCACCAGCUUACCCACCAGUUUACCCACCAGUUUACCCACCAGCUUACCCAACAGCUUACCCAACCGGUUUACCCACCAGUGCCUCCCACCAGCUUACUCACCAGUGCCUCCCACCAGUUUACCCACCAGCUUACCCACCAGUGCCUCCCACCAGCUUACCCACCAGCUUACCCACCAGCUUACCCACCAGCUUACCCACCAGUGCCUCCCACCAGUUUUACUCACCAGCUUACCCACCAGUGCCUCCCACCAGCUUACUCACCAGCUUACCCACCAGUGCCUCCCACCAGCUUACUCACCAGUUUACCUACCAGUGCCUCCCACCAGCUUACCCACAAGUGCCUCCCACCAGCUUACUCACCAGCUUACCCACCAGUGCCUCCCACCAGCUUACUCACCAGCUUACCUACCAGUGCCUCUCACCAGCUUACCCACCAGUGCCUCCCACCAGCUUACCCACCAGCUUAUUCACCAGUUUACCCACCAGUGCCUCCCACCAGUUUACUCACCAGUGCCUCCCCACCAGCUUACCCACCAGUGCCUCCCCAGCAGCUUACCCACCAGUUUACCCACCAGUUUCCCCACCAGCUUACCCACCAGUGCCUCCCACCAGCUUACUCACCAGCUUACCCACCAGUGCCUCCCACCAGCUUACUCACCAGCUUACCUACCAGUGCCUCCCACCAGCUUACCCACCAGUGCCUCCCACCAGCUUACCCACCAGUGCCUCCCACCAGCUUACUCACCAGUUUACCCACCAGUGCCUCCCACCAGUUUACCCACCAGUGCCUCCCACCAGUUUACUCACCAGUGCCUCCCCACCAGCUUACCCACCAGUGCCUCCCCAGCAGCUUACCCACCAGUUUACCCACCAGUUUCCCCACCAGCUUACCCACCAGUGCCUCCCCAACAGCUUACCCACCAGCUUACCCACCAGCUUAACCACCAGUGCCUCCCACCAGCUUACCCACCAGUUUACCCACCAGCUUACCCACCAGCGCCUCCCCACCAGCUUAACCACCAGCUUACCCACCAGCUUACCCACCAGCUUACCCACCAGUGCCUCCCGCCAGCUUACCCACCAGUGCCUCCCCAUCAGUUUACCCACCAGCACCUCCCCACCAGUGCCUCCCACCAGCUUACCCACCAGCUUAACCACCAGUGCCUCCCCACCAGCGCCUCCCUCCAGCUUAACCACCAGUGCCUACCCACCAGCUUACCCACCAGUUUACCCACCAGUGCCUCCCCACCAGCGCCUCCCUCCAGCUUACCCACCAGUGCCUCCCACCAGUUUACCCACCAUCUUACCCACCAGUGCCUACCCACCAGCUUACCCACCAGUGCCUCCCACCACUGCCUCCCCACCAGCUUACCCACCACUGCCUCCCACCAACUUACCCACCAGCUUACCCACCAGCACCUCCCACUGUCCUCACAAAUCUACUACACAGGAAAUUUGGGUCUGA